ACACGAUGAGCGCCGGCGAAGACGAUGACCUGAAACUGCAGCGGGCCUCGGCUUUGCUGCUGGCAGACUUUGAACAGCUUCUCCCCCGACUGCUUCGGAAACGCAACCAUGACGGAACCCCGGGGCCGGUCCGUCAGCAGGUGCGCGAUGUUGACAUGUACAAAGCUUGUAGCCUCAUUGAACCUUUCCAAGAGGACCCCCAGAUCCUCGACACCUACCUCAAAGCUUUUCUACCACCUCUCGUUGCUGCCUAUCUCGAAACUGUCGUCCAAGUAAACGAGAGAGAGAAGCUAAAGAAAGGCUUUGUCCCUCUUUCUUAUGCCGUGUGUUAUCUCUUGAAUAUCUUCUGCAAAGUUAGGGGCGAGAAGAUCAUCAAAGGUUUCUUCAACAAUGAGCCCCGCUACCUUGAAUUAAUCCUAGGCGAGCUCGAGGCCGGGAAGAACUUCCACGCAAAUGACGACGAUGCAACUCACCAACAGCCUAUUUCUCCUUGGGUUGAGCGCUACGUGCUUUUGCUAUGGCUCUCCCACUUACUCCUAGCACCAUUCCCUUUAGAAUCCAUGUCUGGGCUUCAACAGUCGGCAGAGACGUCAACACACCUUGGGGUUAGUUUACCUCGUGAGGUUCCUGGUGUUGUGCUGCGUGUUCUUGCCGUUUGUAUCGAACGUCUUCGAUCUGCGUCAAAGGAGCGUAGCGCUGCUGCAGACCUUCUAGUCAGACUGUGCAUACGCCCAGAUAUGCAAAAGCUUGGUCUACUAAACAGUCUAGUCAAGUGGUCGCUGGCGUUUUUGUUGAACGCCUCUGAGAACCAGGCAGACAUACACCAAUGCCUCGGGGUGCUUUCAUAUCUGUCAGGACUUGUAGCGUCUGCUACUAACGAUGAGAUUGGCCCCUUUCUUGCCGCGAUAUACCGUUGUUGCCGGGGCAUUCUUGAUCAAGACAGCCUAGCUUUUGUCAAGUCUUCGGCCGUGGCCCGAAAGCUGGUUGUCAAAACCUUACGUAACAUUGUCCUCCAUUGUCUCCAGGCAUCAUCAACCCUCGCUGAGCUUGAUCCAACCUCAGUCAUAGAGGAAGUCAUUGAGUUCCUUCUCGAAGCCCUCGCGGACGGCGAUACACCGGUCCGAUAUGGAGCAAGCAAGGCGCUUAGCAUCAUCACCCUGAAACUGGAUCCUGAGAUGGCCGAAGAAGUGGUAGGAGCAAUCCUUGCGUCACUCACCGAGAAUGUGUAUUGGCAAAACACCAGGCGCAAUCUAAGUAGUGUCAAUCCACUUCGCUGGCACGGACUCACGCUGACUUUGUCACAACUGCUCUAUCGGAAGGCUAUAAUCAAUAGCCACCUGCCCGAUGUUUUGAAUGCUCUUCUUCUGUCUCUGGGUUUCGAGCAGCGAUCACCUACCGGUGGGUCCAUUGGCACCAACGUACGCGACGCGGCCUGUUUUGGCAUCUGGGCACUCUCUCGACGUUAUGGUACGGCAGAGCUUCUUGCAGUAAAGACAGCGUCAAUUCGAGCUACGGAACAACGGAAAGCUCUUUCUGUACCCCAGGUUCUAGCAAUCGAGUUGGUCACCGCUGCUUGUCUCGAUCCAGCUGGCAACAUUAGGCGGGGCUCGUCCGCUGCACUUCAAGAGCUGAUCGGCCGUCAUCCAAACACGAUUGAAGAGGGUAUUCCACUUGUUCAAAUCGUCGACUUUCAUGCUGUCGGCCUUCGACAGAGAGCCGUGUGUGAGGUAGCAGUCAAGGCAGGAGCAUUGCAACCUCUAUAUUGGGAAGCGUUGUUUGAGAAUCUACUAGAGUGGAGAGGAACCGGGUCGUUGGACUCAGAUUCGCGUCUUUUUGCAGCGAAUGCUGUAGGCCUCUUGUCGAAAACUCAACCUUCAAGUAUAGUACGACAAAUGUCAGACCAAAUAUGCGGCAAGCUUGCCAUUCUAAAACCACGAGAAGUCGAAGAGCGCCAAGGUCUUGUUUCGGCUUUGGCAGCUCUUGCAUAUACAGCGGGUUUACCCAUCAGUUCUAGUGAUUGCGAAGCUCCGGAAGUGGCGCUUCUCCAUCUCUGGACGCUUCUCCAUGAGGAGUUGAGGCUCGAGGACAAGGCAUUUACAUCUCCCACUCUCCGACCAGAGUUCACCGCGGCGUCUAUCUGCAAUUUUAUCGGGGAAAUGGCUACCCUUACUUGUCGCCUACCAAAAGACCACAUAACACCAGACAUACCAACAGCGGAAAUCAGCCGUAUCUUGAAUAUGUGCCUUGCCCGUCAUGAAGAGUCUGUCCUUGAGGCUAUCAUGGGAGCUACGCCCGCGAUACUAAGACUCCUGGCUCAGAGAGCAGAUACCAAUACAGAUGAGAUGGUUUCCUCAUGGUUAUCACAAUUGGAGUCUAGAACAUCAUAUAAUGGGCUUCGAUGCUCUGGACAUGCAAUUGCGCUUGGAGCAGCACAUGCCGUGCUGACGAAUGAUCGGCAUGAUGGUACAACAGCGCCGAAUCUUCAAAGGCGUAUCAUCAAAGUACUUACGUUCAGAUGCACUACAGCUGUUGCAAUCGAAGCUCGAACGAUAGCAUUGCGAGCUCUGGGCAUACUAUUGCGCAAUGGUCGCGCAGUCACGGCCUCGAAUCUAGUCUACUUGGCUGCAGACGUGGAGACACAGAUUGGGAGUGCGCUACACGUUGCUCUAAACGACUAUACGAUCACCGAACGUGGCGAUGUUGGAUCGCUUGUACGACUCGAGGCUCUUAAUACUGUUUCAACUGCAUGGGACACCGAUAUUCUUCGAGACACGAAUGGGUCAAGUCAACACAUUUAUGCGGAUGUCCUUCGCCUUUCACUAGAGAAACUAGACAAAAUUCGCUCAAAGGCCGCGCGGCUGUAUCAGAGAGACGCCUUAACGAGCUUCACCAGCGCCAGCGCUACAACAGCGGACGAUGUUUCUUCGCGUAGCUAUUUCGCCGGAGCUCUUGACAUGCUUCAUCCCAUGACGAAGACCACUAUUUUUCGGGACUCCGUUUGUGUUGGCUUCGUAAGCUCCGCGGGUAUGGGCUCAGAGUCAGUCGUGCAGAACUCUCGAGCCGCCCUUCUUGACUUCAUCGAUACCUUGCCCGACGAAAGUAUUUCAAACCGUGAACAGUUCACCGCAACUGAGCUUGUGAAUUGCAUGAUACACCUUCUGCAACAAAACCUUGCUGAGGAUAGAGUUUUGCUUCCAUUGCUAGAAGUUAUAGCGUUCUUAUUCGAUAUGCAGGUCAUGCAACGUCUUAUAUCGACUUCUUUGAACUUUCGAAUGCUCCUAUCAUACACGCAAAAAGCGCACUAUAAAUCCACCCACAUGAAGAAGCUGCACCUUGCUCUCGAUGUUUAUCGCGGUUUGGGUACCAUUCCCACAACUCGUGCCGACACGCUUGCGAAGGUGACAAACAUGCUUCUACAUCCAUUCCCAAAGGUUCGCAUCACGGCAGCAGAGACUUUGUGGGUCUUAACACAUGAAGAAGGAUUGAAGCUGCAGGAUUGGAGCUUACCAUCCAAAACGUUGAAGCCCGCCGUGGAAGGGAUGAAGAAAAUCUUGGUUGCAACCGCAGCACGAUGAGAUCUUACUCAUUACCAGCAAUCACUCUCCUUUCUUCACAUGGAUUUAGAGGUGCAUACCGACAUUUAUACAGAUGAGCAAUCGCAAUAUGCGUUACAAAACCACCCAUUCGAGCACUGCCAACAUAACCUAUCUUUAACACGACUCUGUAUAAUAAUGCCAAAUGUUAAAGCGUUGAAUGUCGCGGUGCAACAUGUGCGACCUAACUGCCUAUAAUGGUAGCAUGCACGAGGCACUUCCACGCGUAAUAAGCUAUGGUAGAAAUAGAGGCUACAAGCACUCCGCAAGCCCUUCUUUUCAGCAAGACUACAACAAAGCUGAGACACCUAUAAUCUUGAGUCUACAGCUAUUGUCAAAAAACUACAAUUUAGUUCUGCACAAUCC